AGGAUGAUUUUGUAAUUUCAUUUGUUGUCGGAUCAAAGUUACAAUUGUUGAGUAGGUAUUUUUUGUCCUUCUUUUUGUCACACAAUGCCAUUCCUAAAAAAUAAGGAUAACCGAAUAACUCCAAAAUGGAAGUCAGUGGACAAUCUAACUCACAGAAAUGGAUAUCGAGCUGCAGUUUUUGGAAAAUCCAUCAAGGAAAAGUACACGGGAUGGUUCAAGGAUAAUAUGAAACAUGGCAAAGGAUACCAAGUUUACGAAAACCAAACCUUUUAUGAAGGAGACUGGGCCAACGAUAAGCGGAAUGGGCAUGGAUAUCUCAGUUUUGUCUGCCCUUCUACAAAGAAAACUCUACGAAUCUACACCGGAGAGUGGAAAGAUGACUUCCCAUCGUCCGAAGGGAUGAAAAGCUUUCCUGAUGGGGGCCUAUACAAAGGAGAGUUCAAGUUUGGGAAACGCCACGGAUGGGGUUGCAUGUAUUACGCGGAUGGAGGGAUUUACAUCGGACAAUGGGUGAAAGACAUGCGACACGGCGUAGGUCGCUACCUAAACCACGAGACUGGAAAUUACUACGAGGGGAGCUACAAGGUCGACAAGAAAUGUGGGCUUGGGCGCUACCACUACUUGUCCACUGGUCAAGUGCAAGAAGGCGUCUGGUUCGACGACUUUCCCGAAGUGACCGAAAUGCGAGACGAUCUCAAACGACGAGACGGGGCUCCGAGGAAGACUGAAUUUGAAAUCCCACCAUUGACCAUACUUAUGGAUCCGCAUCAAGUCUACUUGUCCAGAGCGCAUGAAAUCUUGGACAAAGUUAAAGAAGUUACGAUGGAAUAGUUGGGUAAAAAAUUGCAGUAUUUUACGAAUGUGCGAAUUUUUUGGGCAAAUAAUGUGUAAUUUUUGCAAAUGACGAAAUUAAACAUUUUAACCAGUCAUUUUAACCUCUAGCAAUAUGUAAAUACCUAUGCACUGUUUAAAGUAA